GCUCUCGCACAUAACCCGAACCAGAGCGAUCUCUCUCGUUCUCUCGUUCUCCAGGUUUCUCCAGGUAAGCUUCUCUUGUAAAAAUUUGUUAUUUAUUUGUUUGGAUUUUUCAAAUUAGGGAUGGGGAGAUUAGGGAAAGAGGGGUGGGAAGAGCAAAGGGAUGAGGGUAUGGAGCAUGGUGUGUUCGUCGAACCAGAAUCGGAGCAUGGAGGCUCACUCGCUCCUCAAGCGGCAGGGCUUCGACGUCGCGUCGUACGGCACCGGAGCCCACGUCAAGCUCCCUGGUCCCUCCCUCAGAGAACCCAAUGUUUACGACUUUGGCACACCUUACAAGCAGAUGUUCGACGAUCUCCGGCGAAAAGACCCCGAACUGUACAAGCGUAAUGGCAUCUUGCCUAUGCUUAAAAGAAACUUGGGAGUCAAACUGGCACCUCAGCGAUGGCAGGACAAUGCUGCCGACGGUUCCUUUGAUGUGGUGUUAACAUUCGAAGAAAAGGUUUUUGACAUGGUUAUUGAAGAUCUCAACAACCGGGACCAUGCUCUUAGGAAAUGUGUGCUGAUAAUCAACUUGGAGGUGAAAGAUAACCACGAGGAGGCGGCUGUAGGAGCUCGUCUUGCUUUAGAUCUUUGCCAAGAGGUCUGUAUUUAUGGUUGCGUCGACACCCCAUAAUCUGGUUUUUAGAAACAGCAGCGACGGAAGUUAAUGUAUAGCAUCUCAUUUUAUUGAAACUGUAAUAAUACUCUGUUAGGGAGAUUUCGAAAAACCAAGACCCGGUGUUGCUGAUAACUUAUGUGCACCGACUGUUCUCCCCAAAUGUAAUUCUUGCUUAAGCACCAGUUUCGAUAAUAUCUUGAUUAGAGCGACUCUCCUACCGUACAGUUACUAAUAAGAAUAACGUCGUCGUGA